GGCACUACAAAUGCAGUGGCUGAGGCGUCACAGCCCUCAGUUACUGCAUCGACUCUUAGCUGUCGGGUCAGGUAACAAAGUAUCAAUUUAAAAUUAUACGCCCUAGCUGUUGUCGUUUUCUAUUCGCCUAAACUAGAAAGCAUGCGUGAGUGCAUCUCCAUCCACGUUGGCCAGGCUGGUGCCCAGAUCGGCAAUGCCUGCUGGGAGCUCUACUGCCUGGAGCACGGCAUCCAGCCUGACGGGACGAUGCCCAGUGACAAGACCAUCGGAGGAGGGGACGACUCCUUCAACACCUUCUUCAGCGAGACUGGAGCUGGCCAGCACGUCCCCAGAGCUGUCUUUGUAGAUCUUGAGCCAACAGUCAUAGAUGAGGUGCGCACUGGUACCUACCGCCAGCUGUUCCACCCUGAGCAGCUCAUCACUGGCAAGGAGGAUGCUGCUAACAACUACGCCCGUGGGCACUACACCAUCGGCAAAGAGAUCAUCGACCUGGUUCUGGACAAGAUUCGCAAACUGGCUGACCAGUGCACAGGUCUCCAGGGUUUCCUGGUCUUCCACAGCUUUGGAGGUGGUACGGGUUCUGGUUUCACCUCCCUGCUGAUGGAACGCCUGUCUGUGGACUACGGCAAGAAGUCCAAGCUGGAGUUCUCCAUCUACCCAGCCCCCCAGGUCUCCACAGCUGUGGUGGAGCCCUACAACUCCAUCCUGACCACCCACACCACCCUGGAGCACUCCGACUGUGCCUUCAUGGUAGACAAUGAGGCCAUCUAUGACAUCUGCCGAAGGAACCUUGAUAUUGAGCGCCCCUCCUACGCCAACCUGAACCGACUCAUUGGCCAAAUUGUGUCUUCCAUCACAGCCUCCCUCCGAUUUGACGGUGCCCUGAAUGUUGAUCUGACAGAGUUCCAGACCAACUUGGUGCCCUACCCCGUAUCCACUUCCCCCUGGCCACCUACGCCCCAGUCAUCUCAGCCGAGAAAGCCUACCAUGAGCAGCUUUCUGUGUCUGAGAUAACCAACGCCUGCUUUGAGCCGGCCAACCAGAUGGUCAAAUGUGACCCCCGUCACGGCAAGUACAUGGCCUGCUGCCUGCUGUACCGUGGUGACGUGGUGCCCAAAGAUGUCAACGCUGCUAUUGCCACCAUCAAGACCAAACGUAGCAUCCAGUUUGUGGACUGGUGCCCAACUGGUUUCAAGGUUGGUAUCAACUACCAGCCUCCCACUGUGGUUCCUGGGGGUGACCUGGCCAAGGUUCAGAGGGCAGUGUGUAUGCUGA